UGUAUUUGCAGGCAGGCGGUUGAGCGCGCAUAGAGAGGCGGAUCAGCUACUGUUGCCAUAUAAGCCAACUGACCUGACCUGAAGUGAGCUAUAUCUAUUCACACAGAGACAGAAAUAUACAUUCCUGGCAGAGUACUCAAACCACUUCUGUGGUGGUUCCUGCUACAUGACCGUUUGUAAUGGAGGACUCCAUUGACAUGAUUCUGCAAGACCCUGGCAGGGUGUGUUCUACCAGCAGGCCCCACCCCGUCCUGUCGGCCUGCACAGGGGCUCUGCUCACUGGACUGUAUGGAGUCUGGAGAAUGUUUUGUAUGCCUGGAUCACGCAAAAUCCCAUUGAACCUAUUGGUUCCUUAUUUGCCCUCCAGUAAAGGGCAGACAAUGAACAUUAUGCAGCUGCUUGAGGGACGAACAGGACACUUAGCAGAUCUGGGAUCAGGAGAUGGAAGACUGGUGUUUGCAGCCUCUUCUGCUGGCUUCCGAUGCACAGGGUUUGAGAUUAACUCAAUUUUAGUGGCCUAUUCCAGGAGCAAGGCCCACUUUAGAGGAGUGCCCUCCAGCCAGGCAACCUUUGUUAAAAAAGACUUUUGGAAGACUGAUUUGUCUUCGUACAACAAUGUGACAGCUUUCCUUUCGCCAGGUUUGAUGGAGGUGCUAGGUGAGAAGCUGUUGAAAGAGCUUCCUGAUGAUGCGUGUGUCAUCGCCGCUCGUUUUCCUUUCCCCAACUGGCCACUGCGACAGUCUGUUGGCUCUGAUCUUGAUGAGACUUUUGCUUAUGACAUAAGUACUGUGCGCUCACACCUGAGAAAAGGACCCAAAAUUGUGGAGUAUUAAUUCACAGUCUUUGGUUAUUUUCUCUUCUAGCAGAUCAUUUGGAGAUAAAGUUUCUGUCAGAUACGAGCACUGAUCAGGUGUGAUGGAGAGGAUGAGAGGGACUACUCUGACUUGACAAAAUGUCAGGAUGAUUUUGACAUUACUUGUCAAAAUCUGCUGCUGUAUUUCAUAAACCAGUGCAUAUCCACAACAGACUUAGCCAGUCUUGCUGACAAUCGUGUUAUACAUUUGUGCAACACUAUUUACAACAUUGCUAUUGCGCUCUUUCUAAGAGCGAUUCAUUUGCAAAUAGUUUUUCUUCCACAUCAUGACAUACUCAGAAGUAUGUUUCAGGUAGGUAUGCAUGUUAUUCUAUUUGUCCCGCUUUGCUCUUGUGGGAUUGUAACUAGAUUCAUAUGUUGUGCUUGUGUUUAUUUUAUGUAAUGAACACCUAGGCUCCUCCAGCUUAAUGCCAUUCUGAGAUUUACUCCAUGGUUCUCACAGCAACUGAAGAUUAGGCACAAAGACCUUUUUAUGUUGUGCACGGACUGGAAACAGUAUCUGUAUCUCCUGACCUGUCUGAAAGAAAGGGAACCUCUGCACUUAACAAUCCAAUAAAGUAUCAGAUGUCAGUCAGUGUUGCAUUGUAUUGCAGUAUAGUCUUUGGUGAACAGGGAUUUAAAGGCUGAGCAGGUUUGUAACCUUUACU